AUGCCAAUCCUACCCACCAUUGCAACUCCUUUUGGCUCUGAACUAAGCUUGAGCGACCUGUUUGCCAUUGAUGACACCAGGCGAAAGAGAAUCGAUGCAAAUUCUUCCAAAGAUUCCCAUGACACCAUUGAAACAACAUCCUGCUCAAAAUGGAGCUUCAGUUUCCUCGAGGCCGAGGUAUUGACACCCAAGAGUAUUCUGAAGAAAGCAACAAACAGCAGUGGAAGCAUCGACACGAACGAGGACGAACACUUGCAAUCUUGGAUUGAACAGCCCAUUCCCGGUUGUAUUGAGUCAUCGAUCGGCUCCAGCAAUAGGCAAAGGCAGUACAGAAGAAGGAUCUCGGGCCAGUCAUCCAACAAGUACUAUGCGUGCAUGAAAAGACGUUUCCUUGGAAGACAGACACGCAGGAGUAGACAAGAACCAAGGGUUCGUCAAAUAAGAACUGAGAAGACUGUAGAAGAACAAUGGGUCCGCACCUGCAGAUUCUUGUGGUAA